GUCGAGAAAAAAUCCUUUAAAAGCAUGAGGGUUUCUGAUUUGAAUUAUGUCUGAUAUCACAACAGCCAAAACAUGUAUUCCUCCAAGUUAAUACUACUUUCGGUAUUGUGUUUCUAUGCUGGCUAUGCGGAAGCAAUAACAAAACGUCCUUCAACUAAACCCACACCUAUACAACGUUUAGAGGUCAAAUUCGAAUAUCCGGACAAAAACCACACUCGUGACCUACAAACUUUAUGUACUUGCAGCAAGAUCCCUAGUGAUUUAGGUUUGAAUCCCAGUCACUAUGAGAUAAUGCCCAAUUGUCCGAAAGCUUCACCGCACUCAGGUGCUCCGUCUUGUCCAAAGGUUUUGGCACUUUUGAAUAAACUGACUUUAAUUAAUCAAGGGCUACGCCAAGAACUUAACAGGUUGACCAGAGAUUUGAAAUCCGUAAGCGUUGAAGUAAAUCAGGUAAAGGUUGAUGUGAACCAAGCGGUGGAACUUGUGGGGCAAAUACCAGGGGGGAAUAGCUCCAGCGGAGGUGGAUCCGGUGGUGCCACCAUAAAACAAAUCAGCAACCCGAUAACCCUGAUUAUCCAGAAGUUAUUCGGUUUCAGAUUUUCGGCAGGUUGCGUGUUCCCCAAUUGUCCGGAUAAAGUAGAAUCUACCACUCAAAUCUCCAAAUUGGCUCCCAAGGACUAAUAAUGAAAUGUACGAAUUUUCUCCUGAAUAUAAUUAAAAUAAUUGAAUAUUAAAAA